AUGAAUCAGAAGGCAGCUUCUGAGGUGUUUGAGCUGAAUGAAACUAUCACAGAGAAACAGUCUAACAAGUUCAAUAAAUAUAAAGACUUGAUUGAAGGCAUCAGUGAGAUGUCAGACAAUGCAGAGAACUCAAGUGAUGAGAAUGACAAUAGCUCUGUAAGUGAGAAGACUUGCAUGAGACUAGAAAUUGCAAGACUUCAGCAUGAAGUCAAGUGA